AUGGAAGCAGACUCUGUUCAAGUUGGCAAGUUCUGGAAAAAAAGUCCGUCUUUCUUAGAAACUUUGAAGAUAGCAAUAAACCUUAAUGCUGAUAAAAUGGUUUCUCGAGUAGCAGAAUUACAUGAUGACUUCAGCAAUACAAUUUUUAGUGUCACUCAGAAUCAAUUACAAUUACGUUUUGGGCAUAAGCGAUCUCAUUCUCACGAAGAAAAUUUUCUGGAGCCACAAAGAAAAAAAAUAUUACCAGGAAGAGGGGUGGGGAAUGUAUUACCUGAUGGCACAAAAUUUGAAAAGGCGACUCCCCUUGAUUUAGUACCGUCGGAUGAUGAUGAGCAUCUCUCUCAAGGAGAUAACGAUGAAGAUGAAGACAUACCUGCUCUGAAAGACACAGUUGUCAAGAAUUUAAAAGAAUGGAUUUUACCUUCAGGGCAGAAUGUAGGCAAAAUUAUUGAAGAAAAUGUAUCUGCCAACGCAGAAAAAGUCAAGAAUAAGAAAAGAUUGACGAUAUAUGAAAAGGCCAUAUUAAGAUAUGGUGUAUCAAACAUAAUCGAUUUAUCUGUUAUGAAUGAAUGGUUUUCCGCGAAGGAUAUAAAAUUCAUGGCGAAAGAUUAUAUUGAUCUGUUAAAAGUUCCUCAGUUGCCAGCAGAAUAA